AUGCAGGUGUGCAUGAGACUGUGUACACACAGUCUUGGGGCUUGGGAGGCCCAAUGCUUGCUCAGCGAUAUCGAGCAUCUCGUCGAGGAGAUGGUCGAAGAGCUCUUGACGCCAGGAUUCUGGAAGUCCGCGCGCGAUGGCUUCUUCGGUGGAGCGGACUGCUUGCGCGUGGGCGUGGGACAAGAGUCGAAGGACAACGCUUGGUGGGACUGGGCCUGGUGGUCGCCCGAACUAGAUUUCGAAACGCUGAGCAUUGGAGUCCUCCAAGCGUAUCCCGAGAUCUCGCAGCUUUGCAGCAUUCUCAGCGGACUUCCGAUGGACCUGAACAUGGAAGGCGCAACACACCUCGAGAGCGCACAAAUGACAAUGGCGCCUGAACAUCAAGAAGACAGCAGUAGGGAUCGAAGCACAGACACAUCGAGACCUGAAGAUGAGGGCGCAGCUGAGACCAAGGAUGUACCGGAUGCAGAAGUACGAGAAGACGCCGCGACAGCGACCAGCGGAGACACCUGGAAAGGCGAGCAGCCACCACUCCACCUCAACCACGAUGCGCUGAAACACAUCGCCACCUACUUCAUCCCCGGUACCCGCGGAAAAUGCAUCGACAUCAUCACGCUUCAGCGCGGCGCAUUUCAUGAAAUUCGCGAAUUACAUUUCUCCGACGGCUCAACCUGCAUCGGACGCUUCACACGAGACAAGAAGGAACAUGUUUCUGUCCUCGAGAGCGAGACUGCCACUGUCGACUACGUGCGUAAGCAUACUUCCAUUCGAGUGCCGGAGAUUUACUUCAUCAACUGCAAUCCGCAGCACGUGGUCGGCGCAGCAUUUGUGCUCAUGGAGAAGCUGCCUGGUAGACAUUUGUAUUGCUUCUGGGAGAAGUUGGGGUUGAAGCACAAACUGGCGGUGGUGGAGGCGAUUGCGGGCGUGCUGGCGCAGCUUAUGAAGCUCGAGUUUGAUUCAAUUGGGUCCAUGACUGCGGGUGGAGAGAUCGGUCCGCUGUGCGAUAUGGCGUAUCCCGAGUCUGAAUGGGAUCGCGGGCCUUUCAGUACUACGCUCGACUACCUCUUGAGCUUCGUCAAGUCAGGCAUGCCAAUUGAGCUUUCUACCGCCAAGCUAUACUCUGAGGUUGGAGACACUGUUCGGUGGUUUUGCCGAAGACAAAAAGAUAAUCCGAUCUAUGGCGCCCCCUUCCGCAUGAUUCACGGGGACUUUGAUGCUCAAAAUAUGCUUUUCGAGUGGGACGGCGGAGAAGAUCUUCCUCGAAUGACGGGAAUCAUCGACUGGGAUUACAGUCAAUCUGGACCUCUUUACUACCUGUGUGAAUACCCAAUCUUCAUCCAAGACGUCGACUUCCAAAAAGAAAUCAAAUUUUGGCCGCAGAACAAGAUCCUGCGAAAAUACUUCGUCCAGAAGCUUGCCGCACACUUUACUCGAGGAUCGUCUGCAAGACGGGAUGUACAGGAAUGCUUUCGGCAGAAGAAUCUGACGCUCAAUGCUUUCAAUGCCAUGUUCAUCGGCCGGCAUUGGCCGAGCGAGGAAGAAGAGGCUCUUGCUUUGGCGUGCUAUCUGAAAAUCCACGACCCCGAAACGUCAGAUCACGAAUACGCUGGCAGGGCUUAUCGCGGUAAGAUCUUUUGGGAGGAGGACUCGGAGAUGGGAAGUGAUGAUGAAGUGGGCGAGUUUGAGAACGAAGGUGUCGGCGAGGAGUAUCAGGAGCCACUUCGUGAAUACAACACUGAGAGCGAAGAUGGGAGCGAGGGUGGAAGCGAGGCUGAGAGCGAAGAUGGCACCAACAACAGGCCUGCAAGCGAGGAAGACGACCGCGACGUUACAGAAAGGUUCCAGUGA